ACUUAUUAUUUAUUUCAUUACUCAUGUAUUUACCGCGCCCCCCCCCCAUCUCAUUACUCUGGUGCCUUGAAAAAAAAAAAAAGAUAACUGACAAAAAUGAUAAAUGACGAUAAAUAACGACAAAAGUGGUAGCGCCCUUUAAAUAGACAUCAAAACAACGCAUGGCACGCGCAAUAUUUUAAAAAUCAACUUUUUUUCCCACGAGUUGAGCAAUCAAUAAAAAUUACACUACUUUAAAUAAAGUCAAUAAAGUAAAAUAAGACAAAAUCCGCGUCUUUCUGCGGGACUCCCCAUAAUAAUCCCGCCUGAUUAGAACGGCUCUCCAAUACACAUUCCCUUAAUCCCGGUUAAAGCGCGCAUAACAGCUCCCUUAAUAGACUUCUCCGCUUUGUGUUUGAUGUCAGCUCGUGAUGCCUCAAACACACACACACACACACACACACACACACACACACACACACACACGCACAGAGAAAGCUCCCUGCCGGCAGCGGUCCGGGCUCCGCGCCCCAGCAGCGCUUCUUUUGAAAUCUCACCGCCCUUCCUUUGUAGCUGUCAGAGAGGGGCGGGAGCGCCGACACUUGGGCGGGUAUAAACGAGGCGACAGGCGCUCAUGACCGCUCAGAAAACAGCGAGCCAGCCGCUCAGCCUCCAGGAGCUCCAGCAGCCGGGAAAUUAGCGAGUCUCUCCGAGGAGCAUCUACUUCACCCGCUUCACCUUCUACCCACAGCGCCAUGUGGCUCGCGGUGUUGACCGCUGCCUGCGUGUCUCUGCUCAGCUACGCGGAGCUCACGACGGCGGCCGGCGGCUUAUUUAACUCCAACGCCAUCAAGGUGGCUCCAGCUGUGGCCAGCUCGAGGCCGGCGGUCAGCGAGAGCCCACAGGUGUUCCCCGUGGACGAGGGCGCUCAGAACUUCGCCACCGACACGAUGCAGCCACUCGUUUGCGUGGUUGACGAGCAGUGCGCUGAAGAUGAGUUCUGUUUCCGGUCACGCGGCGCGUGCCUCCAGUGUAAGAAGCGGAGAAAGCGCUGCAUCCGGGACGCCAUGUGUUGCCCUGGCAACCACUGUAACAACGGAGUGUGUCAACCAAAUGACCCUGACAUUGCUCUGCAAGCUGGAGUAGAAGAGCUUGUGCUUGUCAGCACCCCACAUGAGGACAACGCCACAGCAGUACUGCAGUCCAAGCCAGCGAAUCAAGGUCUACCUCAAAACCUGAAAGGUCUUGAUGGCGAGACCUGCCUGAGAUCUUCUGACUGCGCAGAGGGGCUGUGCUGUGCUCGUCAUUUUUGGUCCAAGAUCUGCAAGCCUGUCCUAAAAGAAGGCCAGGUUUGCACCAAGCACAAGCGGAAAGGCACCCAUGGACUGGAGAUCUUCCAGCGCUGCGACUGUGAGGAGGGCCUGUCUUGCAGGACGCAAAGAGGAGACCACAGCAAGUCCACGCGAAGCCUCCAUACUUGCCAGAGACAUUGAAAUGCAAUGUGCCGACAUCAAGGAUAUUUUUCCUGAAAGCUCAUGGACAGUCGGACCAAUCUGAAAGAAAAAAAAAAGCUGAGUCAGCGGAAGAUGGAUUUUGAUUGGGAUACUCUGUUUUUUUUUUUUGUUUGUUUGUUUGUUGUUUUUAAUCCCGUUCUUAUUUCUUUCUAUCUACAGUUUGUGUGUCAACAUUGCAGAGUAGAUAUAAAUGUUUCUCUAUGGAACUUGGCAUUUGAUGGUUGCAGUACAUUACUGUAUUGUAAAUACUAUAAGGAAGUUGGCACUUAAAUGUUUUUUUUUGUCAACACAGUGAUUUAUGAGGAUGCAUCACACCUUCUACUAGUUUAUUGUAAAUGUAUAUACAGAUUUCCACAUUCAUAUAGAGUUUGA